AUGAGCUCAACAACAAGUUCAGGGCUUUGGAAAACCAGGAUUGAAUUGAGUAACCACAAGAAAGAGGUAGAUGAAAUUGAAAGAUUGGUGUUUGGAACUGAGAUUGAACAGGUUGAGCAUCUGAUUGUAGCAACAGCUGAGGCAAAGAUUGUGGAGGAAGCUGACAAAAUGGUUGAAGCAAAGAUUUUGAAGGGAGAUGAACCCAGGGCUGAGAAACCAGUUGCGAAGAGAGCUGACCAGAAGCUGAAAGAGGUCAAGCUGGAGGACACCACUGAGGUUGAGCAGUCACCCUAUGACAAGCUCCCAUUUCCACAAAGGGUCCUCACCAAAGCUCAGAAGAAGGUGAUUUCCAAGUUCGGAAAAUACCUAAGUGAUAUUGGACUUAAGCUUCCAGCGAUUUCGGGUAUGCGUGAGGCUCAUGUCCAAAUGAUGCUCAUCAAGAACAUUGUAGACCACCAAGCAGAAGUAGCAGAGCUUCUCAACAUCUCAACUUUGAAACUUGAUCCACCAGUCACACCAAAGUCUCUCCAUAAACUAGAAUCCCAAGGGAAGUUCACCUUGUCUUGCUCCCUUGGUAAGCUCACCUUUGAUGAUGCCCUUGUUGAUUCUGGUGCAAAUACUUCCUCUCUCACGUUUGGGGAUUUCUCUUCUACUACCCCUAUUGGUCUCAUAAAGGACUUCCCUUUGAAGAUUGGAUCUUGCACCAUCCCUAUAGACCUCACUGUCUUGAAGAUGGCAACUGAAAAGAGAGUUCCAUUGAUCCUGGGCACACCAUUCCUUACUACUGUGGGUGCUUGCAUCAAUUUUGCCAACAAGAAGGUCACACUCCUCAAUGUGAACAAAGCUGUCUCUUACCCAAUUCAGUCUCCACUGGAUGUUGAGUAUUGUGGAACCAUCACUUGUGGAGACCCCUCCAUUGAGAAGAUCAAGGAUGCAGUGGUUGUUAGUAAGAAAGAAAGUCUUGAUGGAGAGUCCUCUAAAGAGAUAUGUGAUGAGCACUUGAAAAGUGCUAAAAAGAAGGAGGUGAGUCGAGCCACAAAGGCUGCUUAUGACAAGAAGGCCACAAGGACUCAUCAACUCCAAGAUGAUCCAACCAAGCUUCAAGAGCGUCUCUCUCUCAGGUCCUCACCAUCACUCUUGAAGGUGGGAAGGAUCCUCCUUCUCCACUUUCCAUUUGAGGUAUCUCUUUCAACCUACUAA